AUGAAGGGUGAAGAAUCACAGGAGUACGGCGUUGGCAGAUUCCGUAAUGCCAAAUUCGAGGCGACCAUACUUCAUAUAGCUGCGAAACACGGCCUGGUUGAUGUUGUUGAAUUCCUUCUCGCAAAUGGCGCAAACGUCAAUGCCGGCUCCUCAACAUAUUGCUACUGCAACACGAAAUGGAAGAAUGUGUUCCCUUUCCGUGAAUUCUAUCCUCUUCACUUUGCUUUGGUGCAUGCCGAGUCUCGAAAGCCACGGGAGUUAUACAAGGCUGCUGAACUACUUAUUCAACAUGGUGCAUAUUUGGUCUCAGCAGAACAAAUGGCAUUCAACUUUUUGUACAGAUGCGGGUUUGAAUUACUCGACUUGGCUGACAAAACGAGAACUGCCGCAAUGAGCACAUCGAUACUCCUGUACGCACUCAGUAACGGGAGCGACGCGACGCGAAUAUGUCAAGAUUUACUGACAAGGGAAGAGAUUGUAUACUCUGAAGAGUAUAGCCACGAAGGAGAUACGCUUCUUCACGGAGCCAUGCAGCAUGGGGACGUCAACAUAUUGAAGCACGUUCUUGACCGAUAUCGCGGAGACUAUUGGAGCAAAAACGAAGCUAAACAGACGCCGUUGCAUCUCGCUGCGUCCAAGGGCCACGAUGAAGCCAUUAGACUCUUCUUUGAUAGGGUUCCGUCUCGCAAAACAUUUCCUAUGGAACCUGACAGAACCGGCAACUGUCCAAUUUCCUAUAGUCUUUCUUCUGCUAUGGAGUCCGAGUCGAGGCGGGUGGACGGUGUCAACCUCAUACUGGACAAAACGAAAGACUUGACUAUACGGCAAUACAACGACACAGGAGAUACAUUAUUGCAUAUGGCUGUUCAAACUGGGGAUGCAGAUCUUGUAUCAAGAAUUAUGCGUUGCCUGAAGACGAACGUCACAGGCCGCAACGCACGUGGAGAUAUGCCAAUACACCGACUUGCGGCGUCUAAAUUUGAUCGCAAGGGCGCUGCAGCAGUGAUCAAGGUUUUAAUCGACGCUGGAUGUCCAAUUGAUUCGCCCAGUUCUGGUGGUACGCCACUGGCCAUUGCUAUCGAUCACCAAAACUACAGCACAGCCAUGAUACUACUGGAAGCUGGCAGCGGUGGUUUGCAAUCACUGGGUAGUCAAGACUUGAACAAUCUUUUCCGCAAAGUAUUAACGGAUCAUGUCACCUCUGACGAACUAAAGCAUUCACAAACUCUGCUCGUGUCUCAUCUUAUCAAACUAGGGGCCGACGUGGAGUGGUCCUCAAGUUAUAAAGUCGGCAAAGGCAGCAUCACGACCGCAAAUGGGCCACCACUGUUUCUAUCAAUGGCUGCCGCACGCAAUGAACAUUGCACAAACGUCCUCCUUGCGGCCGGUGCAAAAGUCGACAUCAAAGUUACAGUGAGUCAGGGCUCUGCAGGUGCCUCUACUCCAGGAUCAGCCGACAAUGCGGUUGCUCUGAUUCCGGCGCUACUACACUGCCAUUGGAAGCGGUCUGCCAAUACAGACGAGAAAGUUGACAGCGAGUUAAUUCGAAACAUAGAGCUGCUACUUGAACACAGCGUACGGCUUGAUUACGCCGUCAAUGGUGUUUCUACAUUUGAUUUUGCUUGCGAAUCCGCUGACAAGGGGCAGUCGGAGCUUCUCAAACUGGUACUAGAUCGGUGCAGUAGCAAGAACCUGCCAAAGCAGGUUGUCUCUGAGGCUAUCUCAAAGAGAAAGGGGCAAAGCUCCAGUAGCGGAAAGGGUUCUCCCGAAGAGGUGACUCUCAAGCUGCUUGAAAAGUUCAACUCCCUACCUCGCAGACUAUUGAGACAAAUCGAGCAAAAGUCUGGGAAGACGAAGCUAAAAUAG